AUGGCAUACACAGACGAGGCAGUCAGCGCUAAGCUGUCAGCUCUGAAUGAGACACAGGAUGCCAUUGUCACUGUAGCCCAAUGGGUGAUGUUCCACAAAAGAAACGCCCCUCGUACAGCAGAAAUAUGGCUCCAGCGACUCAGAGACACGGCAUCCAACAAGCGCCUCACCCUCAUCUACCUCGCGAACGAAAUAGCGCAACAAUCCAAAACCCGCAAAAAGCCAGAAUUCCUUACUGCCUUCUCCACCGUCAUAGUCGAAGGCAUCACAAUCGCCUACCGCAGCGCCUCGAGCGAAAUCCAGAAGAAACUUCAAUAUGUCGUCGACGUCUGGCGCCAACGCAACAUUUUCGAACCACCCAUCCAAGAAGCUGUAGACACCAAGCUCGCUGAACUCGACAAGAAUCGUACCUCUAAGAAAGCACUCGGCGGCUCCCUUUUCUCUAGCAACUCGCCCUCGGCCCCUCCUGAGAUUCAGCCUCUAAUUACCCUCCAAAUCAACCUCUCCAAAGCCACCACCACCGCCUCCACCGCCGCGCCCACCGCGAAAGCAGAAUACGCCAAACUAACCGACCCCUCAAAGCCCCUUCCCACCCCUCCCGUCCACGCAGCCCGGCUCUCCGCUCUUCUGAAAUCCCUCUCGAGUGCCGAGAGCGCCGUCUCCGAGUCCCUCAAAGCCCGUCACGCCCUAAUCUCCAGCUUGGAAACACUACUCGCGAGCAACAAAGCCGCGAUUGUAGAGGAAGAGGCGCAGCAAGCGGAGCUCAGCGCGCGAAAAGACGAGAUCGACAGGAAGAAGAAGGAGGUAGAGGACGGCAUCAUGCGUGGGCUCUCGUCUGCUGACAACUCACCCACGGCGGGAGGAAGCCCUGAGGGGCAAAGAUCGAAUGGCAACGGCGCUGGCAGUCCGGAGCCAGACCGGCCUGAUAUUGAGGAGUUGACGCCGCCGCCCGAGGGGCCGCCGGACAUCGUGCAAGCGCUCGUGGGGCAGCCGGCCCCUACACCAAGUCCCGGAAGGAAUGAGAACUUUACACCGACGCCGGCACCGCUUACGCCGCAGCCGCAGCAGUAUCAGCCUGUGCCGCAGGUGGGCGCGGAUUUGUUGAGUAGUCUGAACGUGCCUGGGGUGAGGGGGUAUUCAGGGAGUCCGCCGGGUGGGGCGAAGAGGAGGAAGGUAGAUGAUGAGAGUGCGGUGUUUGGGGGCGAAGACGUGAUGGCGGGGUUGGACGAUGAUGUUGCUGAGCUGCUAAGGCAGGAAAGUGGGGGAAGGUGA